CACACGUCAAGCGCAGCGAAUCUAUGGUCACGCUCCACCAGUUAAGGCCUGUUCUCCAGCGAGGUGGCUGAAAUAACCUGCCUGUUUUUUGUUUUGUUUUGUUUUAUUCAAACGCAAAGAAACUGAGAGAGAAUGGCAGAAGCGGAGUUACAAACCUUUACCUCUAUCAUGGACGAACUGGUUCGCAUCAGUGUAAGUGUGACGCUUAUUUUAAUAGCCAUUUUUAUCACGUGUUUUUGUUUUAACAAUAUAAAAUGCACACAUUUUGUAUCCAUCUGUACAUUUGCCAAUAGAAAUAUUACAUUUUGACUAAUUUGACUGAACACAAUGAAGAGAUAAAAAGCAUUUAUCUUUUUUGAAAUACGUUGUUGACGUCUAUUGAAUAACAAAGAUCUGCUUUUGGGUGCUGUGGGGGGAGAUAGAAAUGCACCGUCACAAUGAUCACAAAAUCCGAAAGUUGCAGCAGAUGGACUCGGUGUUCGAUGAUUUUAACCAACUAAAUAUGUUGGCAAAUAGCGUUAAGGGUUACAGGCCGCAGACGAUGAGAAGGCAUAGAUCCGUGUUGUCAUAGAAACCGGAUGCUGCGCUUUGUAGCUGCAGCAAUGGAAAGGCGCCACUACCACCAGUAAAACGAGUAAGUAGUCCAGUAUGAAGAAUAUGGAACAGGAGCUGCAUUGCCCAGUGUGUGAUGAGAUAGUGAAGCAACCCAUCCUUCUCCCAUGCCAGCACAGUGUGUGUUUGCUGUGUGCAGCUGAUGUGUUGGUACAAAGAGGCUAUCCUCCUCCGGAUCUCCCUCCAGAGCCUAACUCGCCAGCCUCCACACCCAACACUCGCUCCCCUCGACAGGCACGUAGACCUGUUCCUAGGACGCCUGAUCGGUUCGAGCGGGUUCUCAGAACAGUAUGUGGGACGUACCCAGGGCGAAGACGGAAGGAUGCAGCCCCUCCUCCCAUGCUGUUCCCCUGUCCUUCCUGUCAGCAGGACGUGGAGCUUGGGGAGAAAGGCCUGACAGACUGUUUCCGCAACCUCACUCUGGAGCGCAUUGUUGAGAGGUACAGGCACACAAUAAGUCUUGGCAGUGUGGCUAUUAUGUGUGGCUUCUGUAAACCUCCUCAGUCUCUGGAGGCCACUAAAGGCUGUGCUGACUGCAAAUCAAACUUCUGCAAUGAAUGUUUCAAACUGUACCACCCCUGGGGAACCCCUCGAGCUCAGCACGAACACAUUCUUCCCACAAACAACUUCAGGCCAAAGGUCCUUACAUGCACAGACCACGAGCAGGAGAGGCUGCAGUGGUAUUGCCGUAACUGCCAGAAGCUGCUGUGCCCACUUUGUAAAGUCCGGCGUGCCCACCAUGGACACAAAGUUUUGCCUAUAGCACAAGCCUACCAAGCCCUCAAGGAAAAGCUUGCCAACGAAGUCAGCUUUAUUCUGGCCAAUCAGGAGACAAUACAGAGUCAGAUCACUCAACUAGAAGCUGCCAUCAAACAGAUGGAGGCUAACAGUGCAGUGGCUCUACUGCAGCUGACUCACUCUAUCCGAGAGCUGGGGGCGUCUGUUGCUGAGCGUCAGGGAACUUUAGCCCUGGCCCUGGAGGGAUCCCGAAGCAGGAGAGAGGAAGCCCUGUCCACCCAGGCCUUUGAGAAACAAGGCCUGCUGGACCAGGCAGGUCUGAUGGCGUACACACAGGAGCUGCUCAAAGAGACAGAUGCCCCCUGCUUUGUACAGGCUGCGAGAGUAACACACAGCAGGCUGGUUAAGGCCAUAGAAAGUGUGCAGUGUUUCUCUCUUGCUGCCGAUCCCUCCUUCAGACACUUUCAUCUAGAUGCUUCCAAGGAGAUCAAGCUCAUUAACAGCAUGCAGUUUAUACAAGCACCAUUGGCUCCAGUGAUUGACACUCAGAAGACAUUGGCUUAUGACCAGUUGUUUUUGUGCUGGCGCCUCCCUCAGGACUCAGCUCCAGCUUGGCACUUUUCUGUCGAAUACCAGCGACGAGCUGGGAGAGCUGGAGCCACGUGGGGUGGCACCAGCUCCCCUAACUCCUCGACACCAUGGCAGCGAAUGAAUGAAGUGAAGGGGACCAGUGCAGUGAUUGAUCGGCUGCAGAUGGACAGCGUGUAUGUGCUCAGGGUGAGAGGUUGCAACAAGGCUGGGUUUGGAGAAUACAGUGAAGAGGUUUACCUCCACACUCCACCUGCACCAGUCUUGAGUUUCUCCUUGGACUCUCGCUGGGGUUUGCAUGCUGAUCGUUUGGCACUGGGUAAAGGUCAGACCUAUGCUCGCAGCGUACCAGGCAUCUCCCUUCUGCAGGCUGCGGACAGAGCACUCACCUCCUGUCAUUUGACUUCUGACCUGCUGGUUGCGGACUUGGCAGUCACUCAAGGCAGACACUAUUGGGCAUGCUCUAUAGAACCUGGGUCUUAUUUGGUGAAGGUGGGAGUUGGGCAGGAGGCUAAAUUACAAGAGUGGUUUCAUAUCCCUCAGGACAUGGCAAGCCCUCGCUGUGAUCCAGACAGUGGCCAUGACAGUGGAGCAGAGGAUGGCCAAGACUCCCCUCCCCUCUGCUUCCUCACUGUGGGCAUGGGCAAGAUCCUGCUCCCUCAAGGUCACGGUCACAGUAAGAGUCAGGCUGACAGCCAGAGCCAUGGAGGGUUGCACUCCCACAGCAGCAGCCACGGUAACAUGCCUCACCCGCACACGGCUCCUCUUCCACCCCGAUUGGGAGUGUGUCUGGACUGUGACAAAGGACGAGUCACCUUCUAUGAUGCCCACUCCUUGCGUAUCCUGUGGGAGGGACAUAUGGAUUGCUCUGCUCCAGUGUGUCCCGCCUUUUGUUUCAUUGGUGGUGGAGCACUACAGCUGCAGGACCUUGUGGCCAAUCGGAGCAUCGAUGAGCCACCACCAAGGAGGGUAACCAUCCAGACACGUGCUACAAAUCGAAGUAAAUAAAGAGUUUAUGCACAUGGUUUACUCACAGAUCAAAGUUUGCCUGAGGUGUUGAGUUAAAGGUGGGGUGAUAGUUAAUCUUGACCAAACAUUAACAUUUGACUGAGCUGUCACAAUAGUUUUUUUUUCCUGUGUGAAUUUUAAGAACUGACAAUAAAUAUCUGACAUUGUUCUUUAUUUGCACUUGGCCUGAAAAUGUGAAAUCUUUAUUUUGGCUUGGUUUAUUUGCUAUGCUCCUAGGGACAUUGUGGCUAAAGUGAUUUUAGACUAUGCAGAAUUAUGUCCACAAGGUGAGUCAACCUCUUUCAUAGCAGGUUAGAAUCUUUAAGAGUCAGAUUGCUGUAUGAGAAUAAUCUGCUCCCUUUACACUGGUCUUAUUUUGCCUCACAGUGACAGGACAUUUAAAGCUGCAUGCGAGUGUAACAAGGAUUCAUAACUUACAUAUAUGCAGAUAAAUGACUGUCACCUUGUGGAAACACCUCAGACGUACUGUAUGUCUAAUUUUAUAUCUUCACUUUUUAUGUAGCUUAAGAAGUGUUUAUGAAAAUAUACCACAAAAAUAGAGAAUGUCAAUAUUCUUUGGUUGUCAGUGGUAAAGUUCAGCUCCCUCUGUCAGAGUCACAUGUAACAGUCUCUAAAAAGCACGUUUGGUAUUUUUAAGAAUGGCUGUUUUCAAAAGGACUUGUGGAGCUUCAGAAACAUGCGCACAGUUGCCUUUAUGUUUUCAGAUUACAACUCAAACUGGUGUGAAAAUGUUCUGAAUGAAUGAUAUUUAUGAUAUAUUUAUACAGGUUAACUCAGUAAAACGUGAAGAUAUUUCAGUGUUACGCAUUUCGACAAUUUAGUGGGAUUGUGAUAUUUGGGUGAUAAAAAAUAUUAAUGAUCAGUUUAAGCAGGCAUGUUAUGGAGAAGGUGAUCACCUGUAUAGAUGACUUUUGUUUUCCAGACUUUUGUUGACUUUAGUUUUAUUUUUGUUUUUUCCAAUGCCAACUAACAUUAUCUAUUCUACAGUAUUUAUGUACUAUGGUAAUUUAUUGUUUUGUUUGGGGAAUAUAAGGGCCCGAUUGUAUAUUGGUGCAACGCAAGAGUGUAUAUGGUUAAAUUCUCAACCCGACAGUCUCAGGCUCUACUUUUGAUGGGUAAUAUUGUUUUCUUGUGAGUAUGGGGUGGCGAGCUUUGGCUCUGACUUUAUAUUUUCGGUGGAACGUGUUGGUCCCCCCCCCCACGUUUUAUCUUUCACAGUCUUUAUGACUGUUUCAUGUGUCAUUGGACACUUUUUCCCCUGUUCUUUUGCUCUAAAUGUGGUUACUUAUUGUCACAGGUUUUUGCCAUUUUAUUUCUUCUUGUAAUCAUUACAUCUAAUUAAAGACAUUUUUUUUUACCAGCGUGAUCAUCUCAUUCUCAUUUUGAUCAUAUACAAACACUUUUGUCUCAUUUUGUUUGUUGAGUAUGCCUUUUAAAGUCAUCUCACACAUCAGGUUUCAUCUCUUAUUGUGUCUCACUUUUGGGGUUUUUGUGCCUCUCUUCCUUGUACACAAACGUCUGGGGGAUAAAACCUCCUUUAGUCUGUGAACCUGCUCAAUAAUCUGUUAAUAUGUGCUCAUCUUGAAUGAUUUCCCUCUACUUGUGUGCCACCACAGCACACAAAUGAACUCAAACUGUAGCACUACAAAAUUUCUUAAUUUCUUCAUUUUGACUUUGUCUUGCUGGUAGAAUGUUUCCAUCAUGAGAAAAACAAUAAAAGACUGACAACUGCAAUGUGG